AUGGCCUACCAGAAUGGCCAACAACCACCUUACGACUAUCCCUAUGACUACAACAAUCCUCCCUCUCUCCGUCGAAUGCCCAGCUAUAACCUCGGCGAUGAUGCUGCUCUCUUUGCCCGGACUACAGCCGAGUCCGUCCCUACCUCCACAACCGCGACGACCAUGACAACAACAACCACAACGGCUGACCCUCGAUAUGCACAUGUGUCAAUGCCCUCCCCGUCCUCGGCCUCACCUCAGGUCUCGCGCGAUCGGGCCUUCUCACAAUCCAGCUACCAAUAUAACUACACAUCCGCCGCCCCAACCUAUCGACCGCAGCAAUAUGUCUCUCCCACCUCCCCGUCACAGCCGUCCUUUGGCUAUAAUCCCCUGGCGUAUUCGACGCUGAACACCGCUCAACAUCAGCCCUAUAACCCCGCUGCGUACCAACCCACCAGUGUCACUUCUCCCGUCACUUCCUACGCCGUGCCUCAUCCCUCGUUGCCUCCGCCGCCCCCACCGUUACCCCCUCGAGGGCCCGAUCACCCCUACGGCGCGCGUCAAUCGGUCGCUUACGGUUCCUCCUCGUACGCCCCCAUGUCCCCGACUGCCACAUACACAUCCCCCACACUGCAUCAUCGCGCGUCGUUUUCCAUGUCGGCCGCAUACCCAUCGAGCGCAUCAUAUGCGCCCGCGUUGUCGUCGGAAGCGAUUCUCGAUCAACCUCCGGCGCCCCCCGCACAUGCGUCCCUCGGCGAGGACCCUUAUGCCAAGCACCAGUCGCCCGUGCCCCCCAUGCAUCAAUCACAGCCACAGCGGUCGCCGCGAAGAACGGAUACGCUCACUCGACACCCUCAGUCUCGUCCCCUUCCUGGCCCACCAGUCCACGCCGAGGACGAUGCUGGCGUCGCCGCUCCCGCCAAUGGUGCCAUCGCGGGGUUCCCGACUCCAGAACCGCUGGGAUACGAGGAUCUCAUCAAGGAGGUUGAUGCCGCCGUCAUGGACACCCGGCUCUCCGGUACCUCCUUCCGGAGUCAUCUCCACCCCUUACAUGUCGACACCGCGGAACCAUCCCCGGAGGGCCCCGAUAUUGGUGCGUCCAUGCGCUUGUCGCCGGAUGAACGACAUACCCAUACAAAUGGCAGUAUUGCGACGGGGAUGGGUCAAUAUGUGAACUACGACGCCUACAGUGAUGACAGCGAGGCCGAAGCCGCGGCCGGCCUGGCUAUGUUGCAGAUGGCCGAUGAAGAGGACAGGGCCCAGGCCGAACGGCUGCAGGAGCGCUCGCGUCGGGACACCAACACCUCCCGCAGUGCCUAUGGUUCCUACGCAUCCGCCCACACCCCCUCACCGCACCGCGACAACCCUCCCGAGGAGACCGCCCCCUAUGGUUCCAAUUAUCGCCCACGGUACUCGUCCUACGACGAUACAGAGUACGAUGACCAGGCCGGCUCCGACCACGGACGACUCGCUCCGACGUCCGGUUCAAUGAGAAGCUCCAACGUGUCCGCCGACGACCGCGGAGACUACUCUGACGACUACGACUAUCCCCCCUUCUCCACGGAUCCAGGCUACCCAUUCCAGGAUUUUACACCUCAUGCACGGGUGGAUGCAGGGGGCACUGGAGGCUUGGCCGAGCCCGGAGCUUAUGCACGUCGCAUGAGUUUCGACUACGGUGAGGAGGAGGCCGAAGAAUCCCCUUCCCAUCUCCAUUCUUCCUCACCCAAUUCGGACAGUGAAGGUUUCGAGGACGGCGCAGAACCUGGGGAUCUCUUCUUCCAUCCUGGCAUGCGACCCCUACCGCCCGCCCCAGUGGAACCGGCCAAUGCGAACCUCAUUUCUCAUCUGAUGCCGGCGGGGACCUACCGCCACCAGGAUCAGGCGGACUGGCAAAGUUCCAACCAGUAUACACCCUCUUACUUCUCCGUUGCUGCUGACUCGUCCUCGCCGACCGUGUCCAGCCCCUCGCAAGUGCCACGGUCGACGUCGUUGUCGAGUCAUCCCAUUGGACCUCGCGCUGACCCACCCAUCAGGUCCAAGACCGACGCGGAUCGGGCCAAGUACAAACAGCAACAGCAGGAGCUGCUGCGUCAGCAGGACUAUGGCUCCGCUGUCGCUGAGACCUCCCCCCAGGCGGACAUGACCCUCGACCUGCCUACCAUCCCCGCCGGCCGUCGCAAGAAGUUCAAUCCGGCUAAGCUCUCCUCCGAGCACUUCCGUCGCUGUGCAGAACCCUGGGCUCUGAGCGCCAUUCUGGCCUGGAUCCGCGAGCUGAGCGAGGAGGAGACCGACCUCAAGGAGCAUGCCGUCGUCGACGCCAUCGUCGCCUUGUUUACCCACAAAGUACCGACCAUGAAUAUUGCCGACGCCGAGACCCUCGCCGCCCGCGUCGUCGGGAACAUGAUGGAGGAAGGGGCUCUCGUCCAAGACGAGGAAUGGGUCAAGUUUGGCUCCGGAACACUGUCCGGGGUUCUGUUCCAGAUCACUGGUACGGGGUGCUACUCAUCGCGUCUGCAUGAGCAGGAAAGCGAGGUGUUUGGUCGUUGCUACUCCCACCACUGCAUGCGUACCCUCAAGAAGGUCAACCUGAAGGCCCAGAUGAUGGAACCGCAGAAGAAGGCAGAGGACUGGUUGACCUUCUACAGGGUCCCCAAGGAGCUCUUAGAGUCGCAUCCCAAGAAGGAAAUCGACCGUCAGAACAACUUGCACGAAAUCGUCACCACAGAAGAUACCUUCAUCUCGCAGCUGGAUGUCCUCCGGGAGCUUUACCGGGAUCGAUUAGCAGCCAUGCAGCCGUCAAUCAUCAACCCCAAGCGGUUGAACAAAUUCCUACACGAUGUGUUCGGGAAGGUUGAUUCCGUCAAGAAGGUAAACGAGGACCAUCUCCUCGCCCAACUCAAGUAUCGGCAGAAAGAGCAGGGCCCCUUUAUCGCCGGCUUCAGUGACAUCUUCCGAGAGUGGAUCCGGAAAGCCAAGACCGUAUACAUCGACUAUGCCGCGACUUUCCCCUACGCCAACUAUCUUGUCCGCAAGGAAUCCGAGCGAAACAUUCAUUUCCGCCAGUUUCUCAACAGCGUGCGCGAGCACAAGCAGUCGAAACGUCUUAGCUGGGACACCUAUCUGAAAUCCCCCAUCACCCGAAUCCAGCGUUACACCCUUCUCCUAUCCACCGUCCAUAAGAAUAUGGUCAAGGACAAUGAAGAGAAGGCAAACCUGGCACAGGCGAUUGAGGAGAUCAAGUUGGUCGCGCUGGAGUGUGACAACAAGGUCGGGGAGAUGAGCAAAAAGGUUGAUCUCGUAGAGUUGUCUUCCAAGCUUCAACUUCGUCCCGAAAUGAAGAAGGCAGUUGAACUGAACUUGGAGCACCUUGGACGCGAGAUCAUCUACCGUGGAGACCUCCAGCGACCCGGGACUCGGACUCGAUUCCUCGUCGACACUCACGCGAUUCUCUUCGACCAUUAUCUGGUCCUGGCGAAAACGUUCACUGCGCGGGAUCCGUCCCGAACUGUGAAGUACGAAGGUUAUGAUGUCUCGAAGCUUCCCAUACCCAUGGAUCUGCUAGUUCUUGAGAGUACCGACGAUGACCCCGUGGUCAAGUCGACAGUUCGUGGUGUUGUAACCACGGCACCUCAGCCACAGGCAGCUGCGCGCGGCGGAGGGCCCUUAAAUAAUGCCAACGGUGGUAAUUUUGCCAACAACGGCAACCUCGCCGGAAAGACCUUGGUCCCGACCACCGUCCUGGACUCCGGCAAUGACAAAGUCCUAUACCCUUUCAAGAUCAAACACCUCGGCCCGGAUGACACUUACACGCUGUAUGCAUUCUCGGCUCAAAGCCGGAGGGAUUGGUGUGAGAAGAUCAUCGAAGCAAAAACAAAACACGCGAACGCUCUCUUCGCUCAGAACGCCGAACCGUUCAGGCUGCGGGUGCUCGCAGACACCGCCUUUGCGAACUCGGAGCACUCGCCGUCCAAGAGCGUCAUCAUCAAGGGCACGCCCCUCGACCGUGCGAUCAAAGAAGUGGAACAGAGAUUCCCCGUUGCCAAAUCCCGGCCGCUCCCCAUCUGUCGCAGUGAUGUCCAUUGUGCCACCGUUUUCCAGCAGCCUGCGGGCCGGCUGAUGUGUGCAAUUGGCACUGACAAUGGAGUCUACAUCUCCGAGUACAACAAUCCCCGUGGUUGGGCCAGGAGCAUCACUAUUGCACGAGUAACGCAAAUUGCCGUCCUUGAGGAGUUCAACUUGUUCAUUCUCAUUGCCGACAAGUCCCUUAUUGCUUACCAUUUGGAUGUUGUCUGUCCUGUAAGUGGUGUGACGUCGCCAGCAUCGAACGACUCUGCACGCCGGGCGCCGCAGAAGCUGUCGGGGGCUCGAGAGGUCGGCUUUUUUGCUGCUGGACAGAUGAAAGACCGCACCUUGGUGAUGUACAAAAAGCGGGAUGGUCUGUCCUCGACAUUCAAGGUGUUGGAACCAGUUCUGCAGAAAUCAGCAACUAGUAGAAGUAAAUUUUUCUCGCGACGAUCGCAGACUGAGUUCUUCCGUGAAUACGACGAGUUCUACAUUCCCGCCGAGAGCUACGGCAUCAACAUGUUCCACUCAUCCCUGGCAAUCUCCACACAGCGUGGCAUCGAAAUUCUCACCCUCGACAAGAAACAGUCAUGGUCGGUGCCGGAUUUCCGUUCGGAGACGGCCCCAGAGGCGCAAGCCCGUCUGAGCAGCAUCUCCAACCGUAUCAGUGCCCUCAAACCCUUGGGCAUGUUCCGUCUGAGCGACAGCGAGUUCCUGGUUGUCUAUACCGAAUGUGCCGUGUACGUGAACAAGCAUGGCGAUGUCUCGCGCAGCGUGGUCAUGGAGUUUGUAGGCCAUGCGCACUCCGCCUGCCUGUACGGCAGGUUCCUCAUCCUAUUCAAUGAGGACUUUGUGGAGGUGCGCAACGCGAUGAACGGUCGUCUGCGGCAGGUCAUUCCAGGCCACAACGUGACGUGCCUCGACGACGGAAGCAGCAUGCCUGGCUCUGGGGCGAAUAGUGUGUCUACCUCUGCUGGUGGCGCUGUGAACUUGUCCAGCGGCCUUUCGAAUGGAGCUGCCCUCGCCAACACAGGCCAUACCGUCAAGCUCUCCAUGCAGCAUCCCCAAUACGAGCGAAGUCAGAUCAUUCUUGAACUCAUUGAGAAUGAGGGACAGAAGGACUGA